AUGUUCGGGACAAGUUUCAGCAAUGUUCGGGACAAGUUUCAGCAGUGUUCAGGACAAGUUAUUGUUAUGUUCAGGACAAGUUACAGCAGUGUUAAGGAAAAGUUAAGACAGUGUUCAGGACAAGGAACAGCAGUGGUCAGGACAAGGUACAGCAGUGUUCAGGAUAAGUUACAGCAGUGUUCAGGACAAGUGUUCAGGACAAGGUACAGCAGUGUUCAGGACAAGGUACAGCAGUGUUCAGAACAAGGUACGGCAGUGUUCAGGACAAGUGACAGCAGUGUUCAGGACAAGUUACAGCAGUGUUCAGGACAAGGUACAGCAGUGUUCAGAACAACGUACAGCAGUGUUCAGGACAAGUUACGGCAGUGUUCAGGACAAGGUACAGCAGUGUUCAGGACAAGGUACAGCAGUGUUCAGAACAAGGUACGGCAGUGUUCAGGACAAGUGACAGCAGUGUUCAGGACAAGUUACAGCAGUGUUCAGGACAAGGUACAGCAGUGUUCAGAACAACGUACAGCAGUGUUCAGGACAAGUUACGGCAGUGUUCAGGACAAGGUACAGCAGUGUUCAGGACAACAUACAGCAGUGUUCAGGACAAGUUACAGCAGUGUUCAGGACAAGGUACAGCAGUGUUCAGAACAAGGUACGGCAGUGUUCAGGACAAGUGACAGCAGUGUUCAGGACAAGUUACAGCAGUGUUCAGGACAAGGUACAGCAGUAUUCAGAACAAGGUACAGCAGUGUUCAGGACAAGUUACGGCAGUGUUCAGGACAAGGUACAGCAGUGUUCAGGACAAGGUACGGCAGUGUUCAGGACAAGGUACAGCAGUGUUCAGGACAAGUAACAGCAGUGUUCAGGACAAGUAACGGCAGUGUUCAGGACAAGUUACAGGAGUGUUCAAGACAUGUUACGGCAGUGUUCAGGACAAUUUACGGCAGUGUUCAGGACAAGUUACGGCAGUGUUCAGGACAAGUUAAGACAGUGUUCAAGACAAGUUAUUGUAGUGUUCAGGACAAAUUACGGCAGUGUUCAGGACAAGGUACGGCAGUGUUCAGGACAAGGUACGGCAGUGUUCAGAACAAGGUACAGCAGUGUUCAGGACAAGUUAAGACAGUGUUCAAGACAUGUUACGGCAGUGUUCAGGAUAAGUUACGGAAGUGUUCAGGACAAGGUACGGCAGUGUUCAGAACAAGGCACAGCAGUGUUCAGGACAAAUUACGGCAGUGUUCAGGACAAGGUACGGCAGUGUUCAGGACAAGGUACGGCAGUGUUCAGAACAAGGUACAGCAGUGUUCAGGACAAGUUACGGCAGUGUUCAGGACAAGUUACGGCAGUGUUCAGGACAAGUUACAACAGUGUUCAGGACAAGGUACGGCAGUGUUCAGGACAAGUUACGGCAGUGUUCAGGACAAGUUACGGCAGUGUUCAGGACAAGGUACAGCAGUGUUCAGGACAAGUUACGGCAGUGUUCAGGACAAGGUACAGCAGUGUUCAGGACAAGUGACAGCAGGGUUCAGGACAAGUUACGGCAGUGUUCAGGACAAGUUACAACAGUGUUCAGGACAAGGUACGGCAGUGUUCAGGACAAGUUACGGCAGUGUUCAGGACAAGUUACGGCAGUGUUCAGGACAAGUGACAGCAGUGUUCAGGACAAGUUGCAGCAGUGUUCAGGACAAGGUACAGCAGUGUUCAGGACAAGUUACGACAGUGUUCAGGACAAGUUAUUGUAAUGUUCAGGACAAAUUACGGCAGUGUUCAGGACAAGUUACGGCAGUGUUCAGGACAAGUUACGGCAGUGUUCAGGACAAGUUACAGCAGUGUUCACGACAAGUUACGGCAGUGUUCAGGGCAGACCAAACGGGGUCAAAUUGA